ACUUCUCCCUUCAUCUUUAUAUGUUUUCGCAGUUACACAAUUUAUAGAUACGCAUAUGGCUUUUAGAGAGGUAGAUGUUGGAGUGAAUCCAAGAGCUAUGGAAGUUGAUUCUGGAGAGAAGCGUCUAAACGAGCUUGGAUACAAGCAAGAACUCAGAAGAGAAAUGAGUUUAUUCAAGACAUUCGCAAUAACAUUUUCGGCCAUGGCUUUUUUUGUUGGAACACCGCUGUACGGGCCAAGCCUACUUUAUGCAGGCCCUGCAAGCUUGAUAUGGGGUUACGUUGUGGUCACAUUCUUCACCUGGUUUGUUGGAUUCGCCAUGGCUGAGAUAUGCUCAUCAUUUCCAACCACUGGCUCCCUUUAUUUCUGGACUGCCCAUUUGGCUGGACCCCGAUGGGGGCCAUUUGCAUCAUGGUGCUGCGCUUGGCUUGAAACCAUAGGUCUCAUUUCUGGAAUUGGCGCACAGGCAUACUCAGCAGCACAGACAUUGCAGAUAAUAAUUCUGUUGUCUACGGGAACAAACAAGGGCGGAGGCUACUUUGCACCAAAGAGUGUAUUUUUGUGUAUAUACAUUAUCCUUAUCAUCAUAUGGGCGGUGCUCAACUCCUUUGCAUUACAAGUCAUCGCAUUCCUCAACGUCAUUUCCGUAUGGUGGCAGGUAAUAGGCGGAUCCGUUGUAAUUAUAGGUCUUCCACUUAUAUCAACCUCAACACAAUCAGCAUCAUAUGUGUUUACUCAUUUUGAAACAUCUCCUGAGGCAACUGGAAUACAUAGUAAACCUUAUGCAAUAAUUUUAUCAGUACUUCUAAGCCAGUACUGCUUGUAUGGCUACGACACUGCAGCUCAUCUAACUGAGGAAACAAAAGGCGCUGACAGAACAGGUCCUAUGGCCAUUCUUUCUUGUAUAGGAAUCAUUUCAACAUUUGGAUGGGCUUAUAUCUUAGCUCUAACUUUCUGUAUCCAGGAUCCAGCCUAUUUAUUUGACACAAACAAUGAGACAGCUGGUGCACUUGUACCAGCACAAAUAAUAUAUGAUGUGUUUAAUCAAAGGUAUCAUAGUGGCACAGGAGCCAUAAUUAUCCUCUGUAUCAUUUGGGGAACCUUCUUCUUUUGUGGGCUCUCAGUCACAACCGGUGCUGCUAGAGUAGUUUAUGCUCUAUCAAGGGAUGGAGGAAUUCCAUUUUCACCAAUCUGGACAAAACUACAUCCAAAGUACAAGAAUCCAACAAAUGCGGUGUGGUUGUGUGCGGCCAUUUCCAUUAUCUUAGGACUUCCCAUCUUGAAACUCAAUGUGAUUUUCACUGCCAUCCUCUCAAUUAGUACAGUUGGAUGGGUGGGUAGCUAUGCUGUCCCGAUUUUCGCAAGGCUGGUCAUGGAUGAGAAGCAUUUUACACCAGGUCCCUUCUAUUUGGGUAGAGCAAGCAAGCCAGUUUGCUUGAUAUCUUUCAUAUAUAUAUGUUAUACCUGCGCAGCUUUUCUAUUACCAACUCUUUAUCCUCUCCGAUGGGAUACUUUCAACUAUGCACCUAUAGCCAUCUCUGUAGCAUUGGCACUCAUACUGCUUUGGUGGUUCUUGGAUGCAAGGAAAUGGUUCAAGGGACCAGUAAGGAAUAUUGACGUACAGAAUGGAGUCCAUUGAAGUUAGAAGUUUUAUCAUAAAGAAAAAAUUAAUGAAGUUGUUCGAGAAGAGUAUUUCAUCAUUCUACUUCAAAUCAUGUAAACUGAUUGAAAAGAGCACUAAAAGUUAUCUUUAUACUAAGAUAUAUAUAUGUGUAUCAAGAACUUGCAUCCCUAUUUUCAGUAUUGAUAGAAACUACAAAAUUUCCUUGUUGAAUCCAAGAGAACCUGAAUUGCAUAA